CGAACCCCACUGUGAAGAAGAGGAACAGUGCUUUUGGGCGUGUGGUCUUUUGGACUGAGGCAGUGUAGUGGUCUUUGUGGAACAGUGUAAUGGUCUCUGUGGAACAGUGUAAUGGUCUCUGUGGAACAGUGUAAUGGUCUCUGUGGAACAGUGUAAUGGUGUUUGUGGAACAGUGUAAUGGUCUCUGUGGAGCAGUGUUGUGGUCUCUGUGGAACAGUGUAAUGGUCUCUGUGGAGCAGUGUUGUGGUCUCUGUGGAACAGUGUAAUGGUCUUUGAGGAACAGCGUAAUGGCCUUUGUGGAACAGUGUAAUAGUCUUUGUGGAACAGUGUCAGUGGUCUCUGUGGAACAGUGUAAUGGUCUCUGUGGAACAGUGUAAUGGUGUUUGUGGAACAGUGUAAUGGUCUCUUGUGGAACAGUGUAAUGGUCUCUGUGACUGAGCUAGUGUACUAGUCUCUGUACUAAGACAGUAUAAUGGUCUCAUUGUAAUGGUCUUUAUAAUGAGACAAUGCAAUAAGAAAUCUCAAAUGAAAAUGAAAAAAAAGUAAGUUUGUUUUCCUCGAUUACUGAACCGUAAAACCGGAAAAGUUUAAUUGUAGAAAAUAUUUCAAAAUGCAGGACACUGGUUCAUCAUGACCCAUCGCUCCUUGCACCAGACUGCCAAUGUUUGUUGCAAGCGUCAGUAAGACUUGGCAUUUACUUACAAGACUUUGGUAUGAAUCCCAUACACAAUCCCGACUCUCUCAUGAGAGCGUGAACUCUCAUGGCGGUAAGGAGUAACUCUUCCCUUUCACUCGAGUGACACCUACCUCUAUGAGCCUCCAGCCCUCAGUCGUGGCACUGCCCAGGAGGCGGUCAUACGUCCAACCGCCGCCAUGGGCACUGAGAGGCGUUUUGAGCUGGGUCAAGGAACCAGAGCCGAUAUUCGUCUACCAGAGUGGGCUGUUAAUGUCUGUUAUUCGAACUUUGUCCGCCAGUGAAAGUAACGAGCAGAGAGAUCGUGAGAAAGCCCGCUUGGAGAGAGAAUAUCGGAAAAGUGAUCAACGCUUAGAUCUCUUGAUAACAAAGCAUGACCAGUCUCUCAAAGAUGUUAUGGAAAUUUUCAAGGUGGUCUCAGGACGGCUUGCAGAAUCUCGGGAUCGGAUUCGUACUAUUAAAGAUAAUCUAGCAGCAUGUAAGCGCUUAUUGCAUUGCAAACGGGAUGAGUUGAAAGAGAGAUGGCUAGAAGGUGUUGAGCACAAACAUGUUAUGCUUUUGUUGGAGCAGAUAGAUGAAGUCAGAGAUGUUGGGGAACGUGUUGGGAGUUACAUGAAUAAAAAGCACUUCCUUCAUGCAACACAGCUUCUUGUAACAUCUUUAAAUCGUCUUGGAACCGACCUAAAGAUGGUGGAGGCCUUAAAGGAGGUUAAUUCUGAUCUUCAUGCCCGAAAAGAGAAACUCCAUGAAAAUUUGAUUGAGGAGUUGCACAGACACCUUUACCAGAGAUGGACGAAAGAGGUGCUAGCCUUGAGGCGGCAGGGAUCUGGUAGAGACUCGGCGAACACUCUUACUCGUGUGGGUUCUGACCGUACCAGUUUAGGGACCAGCAAAGCGGACAAAGCUCGUAAAAAUCUGCAAGAGAUGAUGAGCACGCCUAACAAGUUAAAAGGCUUGGAACCAGGAAAGAACAUAGAGGAAGAUGUCAGUGGAACUGAUCCUGAGGCAAACCCUCAACAUUUUAUGGCCAUUUUAGUUGAGUGCCUGGCUCUUCUUGGAAAGUUACCAGAGGCUGUAGAGACUAUCAAACGUCGAAUGCAGAAAGAGCUUAGUGUUAUCAUUCAGCGCACAACGCAGCAGAUUAUUGACUAUCAUCCAGCGGCACCUCCAGAUGAUCCUCCUAGCACAGGAUUAGGGUAUCUCAAGGCAGACUCAAGAGAAGCCAAGUUGUUGCAGGAGCUUUUGCAGGUGUUGUUCGAACAGUUCCGUCUGGUUGUUGCAGCUCAUCAGUCUGUUUUAGGAAGCAUGCGAGUCUCUGCAGACAAACAUGGGAUGGAAUUGCACCUGUAUACCAUGCCCGACGUUUGGUCCAAAGUUCAGGCAGCAUUCCAGGUAAUGUUAAGUGAAUACUUAGAUCUGAGUCAGCUUGGCACAAGUCAGCAGCAGGCACCUGCUGCAUUCAAUGAAGCAGCCACUGACCUCUCGUCCUUCUUCUCCAAGAAACGCACAACAAGAUCUAAAAACUAUUCCCUCUUCAAGUUUGAGGCUUCAUACCAUGCCAUGACCAUGAACUCAUAUCUCAUGGAGCAGGCGGCAGAGCAAGGCAUUGAUGACUUUGGCACUCCAGGAGUGUCGGUUACAGAUGGCAAUACAAGCAGUGCAGCUGGUGGUGGCAGUAAAUCCAGUGGUUUGACAGAAAAGGCACUUGUAUGUCCUUCCUCUCCUCACAAUAUAACAGCUGUUUUCAACCCCCUUCAGUCUUUCAUUCGUGAGAUUGAAGAAGCUCUAGGCUGUUCCCCAGGAACCCAUUGCACAUUGUAUGUUUUUAUCAAUGACUACAUCAAGGAUGCUUUCUUGGCACAGUUGCAUGUUGAGACAGCUGCCAGAUUAGAGCAAGCUACCAAAGCACUCGAUCAGUGGAGGACAUGCAAAGAUCCUCAGGUGCUCAAGUCACUGAAAGUCACAAGGCCUUUGCUCCAGAGCAGCAUAAGUGUUUGGCAGAGCAUUGAAGAGCUUCGAUGGCUAUUGAGUGCUCUUCCCCUGUAUGCUGACCAUUUUGUAUCUAUGAUGUGUAACACGCUCAUGAAUUACCGAGAAACCUGCCAGGCAGCGUAUCGAGGCAUCACCCAGCCAGAUUCUGAGGAUAAGCGUAUUAUAUCUGCUACCUGGGCCAAGGAUGAAGACAUAAGUCGAUUUUUGAGAGAUCUUCCCAACUGGAGAGCGCUACAAGCUGGAGUUUCAUCAGAGAACUCUGUAGAAGGAGAUGAAAAUCCUGAAGAAGUCGGUGAAAGGAAUCGUAAGGAAGCUGAGAUUUUGACUGGAAAUCUAGGGGAUCAGUUGAUACCACAGCAUGAAAUCCUGGCUGAUCCUGCUCAGCUACGUACACUGGGUCAUCUGCAAGAGAGUUUGGAAUGGUUUGGAACCUGCAUCAUAAAGUUUGCUACCUCAUUACCUGUGAAGUCUACUUCAACUGGCAUCAUGGCAUCAGGUGAAGUACCACCUGUAUCUGAUGCUUCGGUUCAGACACUCACAUCGCUAGCGAAGGACUUUGAAGAACUUGCUCACACUUGCUUGCUGGUGCUCCAUUUGGAGGUUCGCCUCCAUUGUUUCUUUUAUUUAUUGCCAAUUGCAAGAGGUGGCAGCUUUGCAUCUGGAUUGGAUUCGCAAGAACCAGACACAGAAGUACUGAAACUGAUAAAAGAUCUCGCUACCAUCGACGAGGCUCUCGCCAAUACAUUACAUCCGAGGAAGUGUAAGUAUAUUUUUGAAGGUCUAGGACCACUAAUAGCCAACAUCCUGAUGACGUCCAUCAUCCAUAUUCGCCGUAUCAAUGAAAAUGGGAUAAAGAAAAUGUGUCGGAACAUCUUCAGCAUUCAGCAACAGCUCACAAACAUAACCAUGACCCGAGAAUUGGCGUUGGAUCAGGCACGACAGUAUUAUGAAAUGCUUUACCACACCCCAGAGGAAAUCCUUAAUGCCAUAAUGAACCGAGGAAAGCAGUUCGCGGAACUGGAAUACAUUAAUGCCCUUCAGCUCUUGCAUCGCUCCUCUCCUGGAAGCUCUCAGGAGGCACUGCAUGCUAGCCUGCAGCGACUGUCUGAGAUUCUGGGUGACGUUGGUGUGACGGUCUAGGCCUUUGUACGCUGGUGUUCAGGGCUCACGUUAAACGGAUAUGUAAAUGGCGCUCUUAUGGUUGCUAAGAGUAGGAAGUUAUGUACAGAUAGAGAGAUUCGUUAUUCUUUAUAUUUAAUCUGUAAUAUGUAUAUAUUGUACAAUAUACAAGUAUUUAAGGUAAUUUACUAUUAAAGUCAAUAAUUUUUUAUUAUUGCAUCUUACUCAUAAAUUUGUUAGACCUAAACGACCCUUGACAUUGUAAAUUACAAGUUACAUGACAAUUCAGCUUUGUAGUUUGUUAGUCGUUGUGUGCACGUCUUGUAACCAUU